AAACUGCCGCAAUGCCGCUCUCCUAUCCUUCGGCCGCGUCAGUGCGUCACGCUAGUAGCCGGUAGGCCCCUAGGGAUGUCCAUGGCGGCGAGCCGCCGCCUCCUCCAUCUCCUGCCGCGGCUGGAGCUGUGCCUGCGGUCCCGUGCGCUUAGCAUCCCCUUGUCUUCGCGGGCACAGGGGAUGGCUCGUCGGAAGCUUGUGACCUGCCGACAAGGUGCUUUCGAGCAGGGGAAUGCAGCGAGGGAUAAGGCCGUGCCGAUUCCAGAUAAAGUGCUCCGUCAUUGCAAGUACGCCAAUGGCAGGGCCCUAGACCUAGAGCCCAUUGAAAAGAACUUCGCCAACGAGUCUAUGCAAUUUUCUUUCGAAGAGGAGACUGACGAUAUGGUGUGCGAAAUUAGCGAAAGCGUGGUGCGGGAUGUGGAGAAGGCUGCAAUUGAAUUGCUUGCUGCCAGAGCUUUCACUGUCUCUGAGCUUAGGAAGAAACUACGAAGUAAGAAGUAUCCUUUUGAUACAAUUGAUGCCGUGAUUGCUAAUUUCAAAUCAAGGGGUUUGUUGAAUGAUGGUUUUUAUGCUGAAUCAUUUUCGCGAUCCCGGUGGCUAACAUCAACAUGGGGUCCAAGGCGAAUAAAACAGGCACUUCACCAAAAAGGUGUCCCAGAGGCAGAAGUAGAUCAGGCAACGAGAAGAGUGUUCCAGGAUGGCGACGACUAUGGAAAGGAGGCAACGUUCGGCAUGUCCGAAGCUUCCAUGGAUCAUCUGUUUGCUCAGGCGUCCAAACAGUGGCAGCGUGCGCAAAGCUUGACCCUGGAGAGCCGACGUGCGCGCAUGGUGAGGUGGCUUCAGUACCGAGGGUUCAACUGGGCUGUGACCAAUGCCGUUAUCAGGAAGCUGGAGGCUCAGCACCCUCCACCCUGACUCUUCUGACUAGACUAGGUGUGUGUCCGUGCGUUGCAACGGGUGUACGCUGGGAUGAGUAUAGACACAUAUCUAAUCGGAUCUUAUAUUUCCUGGGGGGGUCUGUAGAAAGUUUACUCGAAAGCCAAAUAUGUUAAGACCUGAACAUGUGUUACCCUUAUGUCCCAUCAGCAUACUGUUCCACGCUUGUAUGAGUCUUGUUAAUUUGCAUGCCU